GAGAGUGGUUUGGAAGCAGUGAUGAGAGCAAAGUCAUUAUUAUGAGAACAUAGGUUCAUAUUAGAAUUAGAUAGGAAACGCUAUUGAACUCAUCUCCUCUUCAUUGCGGUGGCUGUGAUGUCAGAGAACUACUCGUUGGAGUCGUUCACGGUGGAAGGCAGCGACGGAGUGAAGCUCCGUGCGAGGGUGUUCAAGCCAAGAACAGAAGGAAAUGGCAAUCUGGGGAUCGUUUUGGUGCACCCAUAUUCCAUUUUGGGUGGUUGCCAGGGUCUCCUCAGAGGAAUCGCUUCUGGGUUGGCUCUCAAUGGUUACACCUCUGCCACCUUUGACAUGAGAGGUGUUGGCAAAUCCACCGGCAGGCCUUCUCUCACUGGCUUCGCUGAAGUUAAGGAUGUCGUUGCUGUCUGCAACUGGCUCUCCAACACUUUCUCUCUUCCCAGGAUUCUGUUGGUUGGUUCUUCCGCAGGUGCACCUAUAGCAGGGUCUGCCGUUGAUCAGAUUGAAAAAGUCAUUGGCUAUGUUAGCAUAGGUUACCCAUUCGGAAUGACUGCCUCAAUCCUUUUUGGACGACACCACAAAGCCAUCCUACAGUCCCCGAAACCAAAAUUCUUCAUUAUGGGAACGCAAGAUGGAUUCACAAGCGUAAAGCAGCUGAGAAAUAAGCUUAAUUCUGCAGCAGGACGUGUUGAAACACAUCUAAUCGAUGGUGUUGGUCACUUCCAAAUGGAAGGGCCUGCUUAUGACGCCGAGAUGGUGGAUCUCAUCAUUAAGUUUAUUGCAUCACUGUGAAGAAGACAUAUAAGUAAUUGCUGAGUGUGAAUUGCAUCUCUAUUGGGAUUAAUUUGUGUACAUAAUCUGACUUGUUAAAUCUGCAUAUUAAACUCUU